UAAUAGAAGGAGGGUGAGGCCAAGCCAUACAGUGUUGGUAGAAGAAGGAUUAGUAAGCAGACUGAACCAGGAGAGAAAUUAGCAGUGUUUAUCAGGGUUAGGCAGAGCUGUAGAUAGAGCAGAAUCUCAGCAGAGGAGAGACACCAUAAAGGGAAAACAGUGAGAGCUGGGUAUCCCAUCGCAGGACUGGGGACGGCAGCGUGCACAGCCAGACAGCUCUCAGGCAGAGCCGGCUCUGCUGGACGUGCUACCAUGCAGCUCCCGGGACUGCUGCUCCUCUCCCUGCCACCGCUGCUUAGCCUGCUCAGCCAAGCUGGAGCUCAGUUCCCUCGCCAGUGUGCUACAGUGGAGUCCCUGCAGAGCGGCAUGUGUUGCCCAGACUAUUUCCCUGUGUUUGGGCCAGGUACUGACCGGUGUGGAGUGUCUACGGGCCGGGGCCGGUGCGUCCAGGUGACUGUCGACUCACGACCCCAUGGCCCACAGUACAUCCAUGAUGGGAGAGACGACCGUGAGCAAUGGCCAAUACGCUUCUUCAACCAAACCUGCCAGUGCAAUGGCAACUUCUCUGGUUACAACUGUGGGUCGUGUCGUCCUGGCUGGACCGGGCCCACCUGUACCCAGCGAAUCAAUAUAGUCAGGAGGAAUCUUCUGGAUCUGACUGCAGAAGAAAGGAGGCGUUUUGUGAAUGCUAUACACCAAGCCAAGGUGACAAUCCAUCCUGACAUUGUUAUUGCCACACGAAGACGUGAGGAAAUAUUUGGACCAGAUGGCAACACACCACAGUUCGAGAAUAUCUCCAUUUAUAACUACUUUGUAUGGUCUCAUUAUUAUUCUGUCAGGAAGACUUUCCUUGGUAUAGGGCAGCAGAGUUUUGGAGGAGUUGAUUUCUCUCAUGAGGGACCAGCUUUUGUCACGUGGCAUAGAUACCAUUUACUGCAGCUUGAAAGAGACAUGCAGAACAUGCUUCAGGACCCCACUUUUGGACUGCCCUACUGGAAUUUUGCAACAGGACAAAACACCUGUGAUAUCUGCUCAGAUGACUUGAUGGGAGCUAGAAGCAAUUUUGAUGUCUCUCUUAUCAGCCAGAACUCAAUCUUCUCUCAGUGGCGAGUGAUAUGUGAAAAUGUAGAAGACUAUGAAACUUUGGGAACCAUCUGUAACAGCACUGAGGGUGGUCCCAUCCGAAGAAAUCCUGCUGGAAAUGUUGCACGGCCUAUGGUACAGCGUCUCCCAGAGCCUGAGGAUGUUGCUCAGUGUUUGGAAGUUGGUGUAUUUGACACUCCUCCUUUCUAUUCUAAUUCAACAGACAGUUUCCGUAACACAGUAGAAGGGUACAGUGAUCCUUCAGGGAAAUAUGACCCAGCAGUUCGAAGUCUUCACAAUUUGGCUCAUCUAUUUUUGAAUGGGACAGGAGGACAAACACAUUUAUCACCAAAUGAUCCUAUUUUUGUCCUCCUGCACACGUUUACAGAUGCUGUGUUUGAUGAGUGGCUGAGAAGGUAUUCUGCAGAUAUCUCAACUUAUCCACUGGAGAAUGCCCCUAUUGGACACAACCGACAGUACAACAUGGUGCCUUUCUGGCCUCCAGUUACCAAUAAUGAAAUGUUUGUCACUGCACCAGAAAACCUGGGAUACAGCUAUGAAGUUGAGUGGCCAGGUCGGGCUCUCCGUGUCACAGAGAUGAUAACUAUUGCAAUAGUGACUGCACUGGUUCUUGUUGCAAUUAUCUUUGCUGCUGCCGCAUGUAUCAUACGUGUCAAGAAAAAUAAGGAUGAGUUGCAUCAGCCUCUUCUUACUGACCAGUAUCAGCACUACUCAGAUGAUUAUGAUGGUAUACCUACACCAAGCCAGUCCGUUGUUUGAAGCACUUUUCUGCAUCUGACUGAAACUGUUUAUUUUGCUGUAUUUCAUAUAUAGUGGUCAUCCAUUUGCUUUAAAAUAAAGAGCAUAAACUGCC